AUGGACGUGGACGUGGACGUGGACGUGGACGUGGACGUGGACGUGGACGUGGACGUGGACGUGGACGUGGACGUGGACGUGGACGUGGACGUGGACGUGGACGUGGACGUGGACGUGGACGUGGACGUGGACGUGGACGUGGACGUGGACGUGGACGUGGACGUGGACGUGGACGUGGACGUGGACGUGGACGUGGACGUGGACGUGGACGUGGACGUGGACGUGGACGUGGACAUGGACGUGGACGUGGACGUGGACGUGGACGUGGACAUGGACGUGGACGUGGACGUGGACGUGGACGUGGACGUGGACGUGGACGUGGACGUGGACGUGGACGUGGACGUGGACGUGGACGUGGACGUGGACGUGGACGUGGACGUGGACGUGGACGUGGACAUGGACGUGGACGUGGACAUGGACGUGGACAUGGACGUGGACGUGGACGUGGACGUGGACGUGGACGUGGACGUGGACGUGGACGUGGACGUGGACGUGGACGUGGACGUGGACGUGGACGUGGACGUGGACGUGGACGUGGACGUGGACGUGGACGUGGACGUGGACAUGGACGUGGACGUGGACGUGGACGUGGACGUGGACGUGGACGUGGACGUGGACGUGGACGUGGACGUGGACGUGGACGUGGACGUGGACGUGGACGUGGACAUGGACGUGGACGUGGACGUGGACGUGGACGUGGACGUGGACAUGGACGUGGACGUGGACGUGGACGUGGACGUGGACGUGGACGUGGACGUGGACGUGGACGUGGACAUGGACGUGGACGUGGACGUGGACAUGGACGUGGACGUGGACGUGGACGUGGACGUGGACGUGGACGUGGACGUGGACGUGGACAUGGACGUGGACGUGGACGUGGACGUGGACGUGGACGUGGACGUGGACGUGGACGUGGACGUGGACGUGGACGUGGACGUGGACGUGGACGUGGACGUGGACGUGGACGUGGACGUGGACGUGGACGUGGACGUGGACGUGGACGUGGACGUGGACGUGGACGUGGACGUGGACGUGGACGUGGACGUGGACGUGGACGUGGACGUGGACGUGGACGUGGACGUGGACGUGGACGUGGACGUGGACGUGGACGUGGACGUGGACGUGGACGUGGACGUGGACGUGGACGUGGACGUGGACGUGGACGUGGACGUGGACAUGGACGUGGACAUGGACGUGGACGUGGACGUGGACGUGGACGUGGACGUGGACGUGGACGUGGACGUGGACGUGGACGUGGACGUGGACGUGGACGUGGACGUGGACGUGGACGUGGACGUGGACGUGGACGUGGACGUGGACGUGGACGUGGACGUGGACGUGGACGUGGACGUGGACGUGGACGUGGACGUGGACGUGGACGUGGACGUGGACGUGGACGUGGACGUGGACGUGGACGUGGACGUGGACGUGGACGUGGACGUGGACGUGGACGUGGACGUGGACGUGGACGUGGACGUGGACGUGGACGUGGACGUGGACGUGGACGUGGACGUGGACGUGGACGUGGACGUGGACAUGGACGUGGACGUGGACGUGGACGUGGACAUGGACGUGGACGUGGACGUGGACGUGGACAUGGACGUGGACGUGGACGUGGACGUGGACGUGGACGUGGACGUGGACGUGGACGUGGACGUGGACGUGGACGUGGACGUGGACGUGGACGUGGACGUGGACGUGGACGUGGACGUGGACGUGGACGUGGACGUGGACGUGGACGUGGACGUGGACGUGGACGUGGACGUGGACGUGGACGUGGACGUGGACGUGGACGUGGACAUGGACGUGGACGUGGACGUGGACGUGGACGUGGACGUGGACGUGGACGUGGACGUGGACGUGGACAUGGACGUGGACGUGGACGUGGACGUGGACGUGGACGUGGACGUGGGUGGACGUGGACGUGGACGUGGACGUGGACGUGGACGUGGACGUGGACGUGGACGUGGACGUGGACGUGGACGUGGACGUGGACGUGGACGUGGACGUGGACGUGGACAUGGACGUGGACGUGGACGUGGACGUGGACGUGGACGUGGACGUGGACGUGGACGUGGACGUGGACGUGGACGUGGACGUGGACGUGGACGUGGACGUGGACGUGGACGUGGACAUGGACGUGGACAUGGACGUGGACGUGGACGUGGACGUGGACAUGGACGUGGACGUGGACGUGGACGUGGACGUGGACGUGGACGUGGACGUGGACGUGGACGUGGACGUGGACGUGGACGUGGACGUGGACGUGGACAUGGACGUGGACGUGGACGUGGACGUGGACGUGGACGUGGACGUGGACGUGGACGUGGACGUGGACGUGGACGUGGACGUGGACGUGGACGUGGACAUGGACGUGGACGUGGACGUGGACGUGGACGUGGACAUGGACGUGGACGUGGACGUGGACGUGGACGUGGACGUGGACGUGGACGUGGACGUGGACGUGGACGUGGACGUGGACGUGGACGUGGACGUGGACGUGGACGUGGACGUGGACGUGGACGUGGACGUGGACGUGGACGUGGACGUGGACGUGGACGUGGACGUGGACGUGGACGUGGACGUGGACGUGGACGUGGACAUGGACGUGGACGUGGACGUGGACGUGGACGUGGACGUGGACGUGGACGUGGACGUGGACGUGGACAUGGACGUGGACGUGGACGUGGACGUGGACGUGGACGUGGACGUGGACGUGGACGUGGACGUGGACGUGGACGUGGACGUGGACGUGGACGUGGACGUGGACGUGGACGUGGACGUGGACGUGGACGUGGACGUGGACGUGGACGUGGACGUGGACGUGGACGUGGACGUGGACGUGGACGUGGACGUGGACGUGGACGUGGACGUGGACGUGGACAUGGACGUGGACGUGGACGUGGACGUGGACGUGGACGUGGACGUGGACGUGGACAUGGACGUGGACGUGGACGUGGACGUGGACGUGGACGUGGACGUGGACGUGGACGUGGACGUGGACGUGGACGUGGACGUGGACGUGGACGUGGACGUGGACGUGGACGUGGACGUGGACGUGGACAUGGACGUGGACGUGGACAUGGACGUGGACGUGGACGACGUGGACGUGGACGUGGACGUGGACGUGGACAUGGACGUGGACGUGGACGUGGACGUGGACGUGGACGUGGACGUGGACGUGGACGUGGACGUGGACGUGGACGUGGACAUGGACGUGGACGUGGACGUGGACGUGGACGUGGACGUGGACGUGGACGUGGACGUGGACGUGGACGUGGACGUGGACGUGGACGUGGACAUGGACGUGGACGUGGACGUGGACGUGGACGUGGACGUGGACGUGGACGUGGACGUGGACGUGGACGUGGACGUGGACAUGGACGUGGACGUGGACGUGGACGUGGACGUGGACGUGGACGUGGACGUGGACGUGGACGUGGACGUGGACGUGGACGUGGACGUGGACGUGGACGUGGACGUGGACAUGGACGUGGACGUGGACGUGGACAUGGACGUGGACGUGGACGUGGACGUGGACGUGGACGUGGACGUGGACGUGGACGUGGACGUGGACGUGGACGUGGACGUGGACGUGGACGUGGACGUGGACGUGGACGUGGACAUGGACGUGGACGUGGACGUGGACGUGGACAUGGACGUGGACGUGGACGUGGACGUGGACGUGGACAUGGACGUGGACGUGGACGUGGACGUGGACGUGGACGUGGACGUGGACGUGGACGUGGACGUGGACGUGGACGUGGACGUGGACGUGGACGUGGACGUGGACAUGGACGUGGACGUGGACAUGGACGUGGACGUGGACGUGGACGUGGACGUGGACGUGGACGUGGACGUGGACGUGGACGUGGACGUGGACGUGGACGUGGACGUGGACGUGGACGUGGACGUGGACGUGGACGUGGACGUGGACGUGGACGUGGACGUGGACGUGGACGUGGACGUGGACGUGGACGUGGACGUGGACGUGGACGUGGACGUGGACGUGGACGUGGACGUGGACGUGGACGUGGACGUGGACGUGGACGUGGACGUGGACGUGGACGUGGACGUGGACGUGGACAUGGACGUGGACGUGGACGUGGACGUGGACGUGGACGUGGACAUGGACGUGGACGUGGACGUGGACGUGGACGUGGACGGACGUGGACGUGGACGUGGACGUGGACGUGGACGUGGACAUGGACGUGGACGUGGACGUGGACGUGGACGUGGACGUGGACGUGGACGUGGACGUGGACGUGGACGUGGACGUGGACAUGGACGUGGACGUGGACGUGGACGUGGACGUGGACGUGGACGUGGACGUGGACGUGGACGUGGACGUGGACGUGGACGUGGACGUGGACGUGGACAUGGACGUGGACGUGGACGUGGACGUGGACGUGGACGUGGACGUGGACGUGGACGUGGACGUGGACGUGGACGUGGACGUGGACGUGGACGUGGACGUGGACGUGGACGUGGACGUGGACGUGGACGUGGACGUGGACGUGGACGUGGACGUGGACGUGGACGUGGACGUGGACGUGGACGUGGACGUGGACGUGGACGUGGACGUGGACGUGGACGUGGACGUGGACGUGGACGUGGACGUGGACGUGGACGUGGACGUGGACGUGGACGUGGACGUGGACGUGGACGUGGACGUGGACGUGGACGUGGACGUGGACGUGGACGUGGACAUGGACGUGGACGUGGACGUGGACGUGGACGUGGACGUGGACGUGGACGUGGACGUGGACGUGGACGUGGACGUGGACGUGGACGUGGACUGGACGUGGACGUGGACGUGGACGUGGACGUGGACGUGGACGUGGACGUGGACGUGGACGUGGACGUGGACGUGGACGUGGACGUGGACGUGGACGUGGACGUGGACGUGACGUGGACGUGGACGUGGACGUGGACGUGGACGUGGACGUGGACGUGGACGUGGACGUGGACGUGGACGUGGACAUGGACGUGGACGUGGACAUGGACGUGGACGUGGACGUGGACGUGGACGUGGACGUGGACGUGGACGUGGACGUGGACGUGGACGUGGACGUGGACGUGGACGUGGACGUGGACGUGGACGUGGACAUGGACGUGGACGUGGACGUGGACGUGGACGUGGACGUGGACGUGGACGUGGACGUGGACGUGGACGUGGACGUGGACAUGGACGUGGACGUGGACAUGGACGUGGACGUGGACGUGGACGUGGACGUGGACGUGGACGUGGACGUGGACGUGGACGUGGACGUGGACGUGGACGUGGACGUGGACGUGGACGUGGACGUGGACGUGGACGUGGACGUGGACGUGGACGUGGACGUGGACGUGGACGUGGACGUGGACAUGGACGUGGACGUGGACGUGGACGUGGACGUGGACGUGGACGUGGACGUGGACGUGGACGUGGACGUGGUGGACGUGGACGUGGACGUGGACGUGGACGUGGACGUGGACGUGACGUGGACGUGGACGUGGACGUGGACGUGGACGUGGACGUGGACGUGGACGUGGACGUGGACGUGGACGUGGACGUGGACGUGGACGUGGACGUGGACGUGGACGUGGACGUGGACAUGGACGUGGACGUGGACGUGGACGUGGACGUGGACGUGGACGUGGACGUGGACGUGGACGUGGACGUGGACGUGGACGUGGACGUGGACGUGGACGUGGACGUGGACGUGGACGUGGACGUGGACGUGGACGUGGACGUGGACGUGGACGUGGACGUGGACGUGGACGUGGACGUGGACGUGGACGUGGACGUGGACGUGGACGUGGACGUGGACGUGGACAUGGACGUGGACGUGGACGUGGACGUGGACGUGGACGUGGACGUGGACGUGGACGUGGACGUGGACGUGGACGUGGACGUGGACGUGGACGUGGACGUGGACGUGGACGUGGACGUGGACGUGGACGUGGACGUGGACGUGGACGUGGACGUGGACGUGGACGUGGACGUGGACGUGGACGUGGACGUGGACGUGGACGUGGACGUGGACAUGGACGUGGACGUGGACGUGGACGUGGACGUGGACGUGGACGUGGACGUGGACGUGGACGUGGACGUGGACGUGGACAUGGACGUGGACGUGGACGUGGACGUGGACGUGGACGUGGACGUGGACAUGGACAUGGACGUGGACGUGGACGUGGACGUGGACGUGGACGUGGACGUGGACGUGGACGUGGACGUGGACGUGGACGUGGACGUGGACGUGGACGUGGACGUGGACGUGGACAUGGACGUGGACGUGGACGUGGACGUGGACGUGGACGUGGACGUGGACAUGGACGUGGACGUGGACGUGGACGUGGACGUGGACGUGGACGUGGACGUGGACGUGGACGUGGACGUGGACGUGGACGUGGACGUGGACAUGGACGUGGACGUGGACGACGUGGACGUGGACGUGGACGUGGACGUGGACGUGGACGUGGACGUGGACGUGGACGUGGACGUGGACAUGGACGUGGACGUGGACGUGGACGUGA